AUGGAGAACUUAUUUUUUAAUAAGUCCAUCAACAUUUUGAUAUAUACGCUUUAUUUGUCUAAUAUCACAUUAAUUGAUAUUGAUGAACCGAAAGAACAAAUGACGGUUAUUAUGGAACUUGUGCAAUCAUGGAAGGAUGUCAGAUUAAGAUGGGAGCGGCAAAAUUGGUCAGAUAUUACAUCGAUUUUCACCCGAUUGGACAAAAUAUGGUCUCCACCACUCAUGGUUUUUGGCGCGUGAGUUUUGCAAUAAAAACACUAAAAACAGAAAGAAUCAGAAUAAUUGAAAAUGAAUUUUUUUUAGUAGUGAAGUAGUGCAACAUCGGGAUCAAGUCAGCCGAAUGGCCAGAAUCGAUCAUAGAGGUGUAGUUGAUUCACAUAUUCCUUUGAAAAUGACUACAAACUGCAACAUGAACAUGGCCGAAUUUCCGUUUGACAAUCAGAUUUGCGAAAUUCAAAUUGGCCUCCCAUCAUUUUAUGCUAGUCAAUUCGAAAUAUUUUUACAAGUUCCUCAAGAUAUUGCACAAUCGUGUGAAUUAGGAAACUCUGCGUGGCAUGUGAUUGAUAUCAUAAUCGAUAGUGAGAAAAUUAGGCCUAAAGAUUAUAUGACAGAUGUAAUCAAAACGGCUGUCCUAAAAUUGCAUCUCAAACGAAAUCCCAUGUAUUAUAUGUAUAUGAUUGUAUUACCAACUUUUAUAAUCAACGGAAUUUCAAUGGCUGGAGUAUUUUGGGAAAGUGGAGAAAAAAUGGAACGUCUUACAAUUGGCCUAACUCAUAUCAUGACAUUGACUUUUAUUCUGGGAAUAAUUGCAGACAAAUUACCAAAAACCGCAGUUAUCCCACUUUUGGGAAAAUAUAUCAUUUUUGGAUUGGUCACUAUGAUUUUCGCUAUGAUUUUCUCUACAAAUCUUGAUAAAUUAUCGAUUUCCAAGUUCGGUGGAAAACGUUAUAAAAAAACUCACAAUCAGUUGCGUGGAUUUUUCAUAAUAAGUUUCCAAUUUAUCAAUUGGUUGGGCACUAUUUAUGUUUUGUGGCGAUUCAUGGAUUUUGAGGAAACAUUUGGAGAUAAAAAAUGUUUUUAG